ACAGCUACAUUCACCCACAGACCGAGGUACAGACGAGAGACAACCUCUGGCCCCCCAGCAGCUGGCCAGCUUGGCAGCCCCAGUCUCGAGCCCCUAACUACCCUCCCCCGCCCCCAUCCCCUUCCCAAUUGAAGGAGCGGAAAGAGAAGAGAGAAGAGUGAGCAGAGAGAUUGAGAGAGAGAGAGAGAGAGAGAGAGAUAGACGGAGAUCUCUGGAGCAGACCUCAAGGUGACUUCUGUUUCCAUCUGGUUCACGUCUGGGGGGGCCCUGGCCGGGCAGCCCCCCCACAUUUCUCCUGCCCUGAAACACGGCUCUAGCCAACCUGCUCCGCUGCUUCACCUGCGACCGUCUGUGUGGGGGCUGCACGGCGCCAGCCCCUCCGGCCCGCCAGGGCAUUGUCCUCCAGCCGGUCAUGCCCAGCUGCGACCCUGGCCCGGGCCCCGCCUGCCUCCCCGCCAAGACGUUCCGCAGCUACCUGCCCCGUUGCCACCGCACGUACAGCUGCGUCCACUGCCGCGCGCACCUGGCCAAACACGAUGAGCUCAUCUCCAAGUCUUUCCAAGGGAGCCAUGGCCGAGCCUACCUGUUUAACUCCGUGGUCAACGUGGGUUGUGGACCCGCCGAACAGCGUCUCCUACUCACGGGGCUCCACUCGGUAGCUGACAUUUUCUGUGAGAGCUGCAAGACCACCCUGGGCUGGAAAUAUAUCUUUGGAGAGCACCCGUGACCUGCCAGGCAUCGUGUCCAGCGCUGGGGAUGCAAAUGGAGAGCGAGGCCGUCAUGGCCUGACUUUGGGGGACUUUCAGUCUAGCGGGAGGACAAACAAUAACCAGGCAAUUCCAGGAACAGGGGACAAGGCUCUGAGCAGCAGGCUCAGGACUCCUAGGAGAAGCUUAGCCUAGAUUUGAGGAGUCAAGAAGACUUCGCAGAGGUGAGGACUGAUGGCGCGUGGAGGAGGAGCCGUCGGGUGGGCACGGGGAAGUGGAGAGGGGGACUGUUUCAGACACACAGAACUGUGUGUGUCAAGUGGUUUGAGCUUAGUUAAUUUGAGGAGGGAACAGAAGUUUCCCAGCACUGGAGUGGAAAUGCCAGUGGGUGAGAGAGAGGACACAGGAAAGACAGACCAUUUAGGAAUCUAGAUUUCAUCCCAAGGGCAUUGGGAAAACACUGAAAAAUUGUUUUUUGAACAAGAGUGGAGUGACAUCAGCAAAUGGCUGUUCUGUGCCCAGAGAAGAGGCUCCAACAGAAAUGUUCAUACACUGAAGAAAGUAAGGAACAUAAGCCAGUUGUACUGUCCAAUGCGAUGGUCAACGUCAGAACGGAGAGGCUAGCUGAGCAGAAAGGCAGGAGAGAAGUACAAGACCCAGAGACGCAAGAAGGCAAAUGCGAGCCACGCAGGAAUGAUGCCCAGCACCGCGCUCUGAGAGGCCUCAGAGGGGUCUGUCCCAUUGUUCAGUUUCCGCGCCUGGUGAUGCCUAGAGAUGCAGCUCUCGGGCUCUAGCGAGGGACCCAGAAACCCUCACAGUCCCCCUUCUUGCACCAAAGUCCAGGAAGGCUUGUCUUCUCAGGCCCCACGCGCUAAACCUGAAAAUCGGGCACAAAUUAGCUACCUUCUUAGAGCUCCCUAAAUCUGCCCCCCUUCUAUUUACUUUCACAAAUGUUCAUUAAGCUGACUAGGCACUGUGGGAAACAGAGAAGUUAAGUGGCGUAGUCACUGCUCUCAAGUUCUUUGUAAUCUCUCUGGAAGGAAUCUUUCUGUGGCCUUCGCUCCAGGGAUGCUAUUUAAUCUCUAAGGUCAGGCCAUGGGCAGUGCUGUCCAAACCUUGGAUGCCCAGACAGGUGUACCCUGGAGAAGCAUCACUAUCAAAUAUCCUGUAUUUCCCAGCGGGGUUGUGCUGGGAACUGCAGGCAGAGAUGAGGUCUCCUUUUUAUGCCCUGAGAGCAUAGCAGCGCAUAGGUCCUUAUCCCUGGUGAGCAGUCCUUCCAGGUUAGCUCUUUUCCUUUGCUGUGCGUCCACUUUUUCUCAUGGAGGUCUACUCUGGUCCUAUCAGUGAUUCUCCCAACCUUCUCCACCCACCCUCCAAUCUCAGGUUGAGCCUGGUAACUCUUCUUUCUUAGACAACAAGCCACCACUUUUGUCCUUAUAGGUUUGAGGCUUGGAAAGAUACCCUCCUACAACCAGCAGGUGGCAUCAAAACCUUCCAACCCUCAGCUCAGGCAACCUCCCCGGGGACAGAACCUACUCAAACCUCUCCAGAUUAAGUCUACAAAACAAUGGGUGAGCUGGCGAACUUAGGACGGGGUUAGAUCUAGGCUCUGCGAUCUAAGGGCUGUAUAACCGUGGCCACAGUGCUUAAACCUGUCUGGCUCUCGGUUUUUUCAUCUGUAAAAUGGGGGUGUUACCUGCUAAGAAGUUAAUCGGUUUCAUCAAGGAUGAAGUGUCUAGCACAUGGCAGUGCUUCCGUUCAUGGGAGCUGUUAGUAUGGCUGCCAAGAGGCUUCCCAGAGUCUCACCACGAGGACAGCUGAUUGGCGCCCAGAGGGGAGAGGAAGUCUAGAUGCUGAGGAGGCAGCCAGCGCUGGGUAGCACUACGCGGCCAAUGCCCUUUUAACAUUGCACUGCUAGUGGUAGGUGCAGACAGUAGCACAAUGUGAAAAGAGCUCCGGCCCGCAGCAGAGGCAUGCCGGCCCUGCCUCCUCGCCCCUUCUCCCAGGCCCCGGCCCACUCAGCUCUCUUGGCCUCCCUCUGUCCAUUCUCAUCUUUGAGACCCCCCUCCUCCCGUCUUAGUGCUAACCCUGUAUUUCUUGUCCCCCUCAUCCUUUGGCCUCCUUCCUCACACCCUUCCCAAAAGAGACUAGCUUUUUCUGAAGGUUUUGUGGGGGGACAAGUUCCCCCCAAGGCAGGGUCCAUGGAGGCAGCUAGGGGAGACUUUGAGCUUGGCACUCAAUUGGAAGGGACUGGGAGCAACCACAGAAGUCUGGGGGACACUCAUGUGAAACUGUGUUCCCCUAGACUUGAUCUCUCUCAGCUUCUCUUCCGGAGGAGCUUGCUGACCAGGACCACAGCACCCUCUCUUCUUCCCUUCUCAAAAGCUCCCUCCUUUUCUUAGUUCAGAUAAACAGGAGUUCGAGGCCUCAAGGGGACCACCUCUGAAGUACCUCCAGGAUCAGAGUGUGGAAGAGUAUUGUCACAGGUCCCAGCAACAGAGCAAAGCUUUCAGGUCUAAGAGGGGGAAGCUGCAGGAGAAGCCCCACCCCUGCAUCUCCCUUCUGAGGUCUUCAAAUCCACCAUAUGGAUUCAGCAUCAGACAAAAUCGUGAGGGUGAUUCCCUUUCUUGUAGUGAGAGUUAGGCAUGGGCUUUCACUGGCAGUGAGAUCAGAAUCUGAGCCAGUCCUGAUCUUAUCCAGGGGCUCCCCUUAGUCUUCAAGCUCACCCACAGCUUCGCCAUCCUAGCCUGUUCAGGGGCUUAAACAUUGGAUAACCCCUGAGGCUGCUCAAAAACCCAAAGCCAAGGUUCCAGAGCUCCAGCGUGGCCCGUUCCUGGCUAAAGCACAGGUCUCAGAGGCCUAACUCCAGUUCUGACCUAGUAAACAGUGUGCGCCCCCAAAAGGGCAGAGGCGGGGGGG